CAAUGUUAAUCGUAAAAACAAACUACUCGGUUUAUAAUAUAUUUGACCGCCGUCGAUGGAUUCAGAGUCCGUUAGUCCGUUAGUACGUUAACGAUCAUCAGUGUGGUUUUACCGGUCGUCGUGUCACGGCUCCUCUCUCUACCUGUUGAAUGUAAAUAUUUGUUUUUAAUAAUGAUUUUUGUCGAUUGUUUCGCACGCUCGUACAUGGUAUAUCGGUGUAUUGCAUAGUGCAUAAAAUACGCGCAAACGGUUUUACACUCGGAUCGUUCCAUAACUAUUUGCAAUUUUUAAUUUAAUUUAAUUUUUAUCAAACUUUCGCAUUAUUACAACACGCAAACACAAUAUUAAAGUAUGUAUACUAUGCCGCGUACCAUCGCAAACGAUCGUUUUGCGUUUCGACCGAUGAUCGCCUUAGCAGCCGUCGCGAUCGUUUUGAGCUCCACAACCGUCGCCGUCGAUCUCAACAAUAAUACAAACUCGGUGGUCGACGAAUCGUGCACAUGCGUACCGUUCUACCAAUGCGAUCAAGGUGACGAGGUCAAAAUCCCGCUCAGCACUUCUGCUGGCUGUUUAAAGGAAUGGAUAUGUUGCCGUAAUAAGUCAAAUGAUACGAUUGGUGAAACUCUUACAGCAUCGGGACUUCAGUCGAACGAUAUUUCACUAGACAAUGGUGUUGAUCAACAACAGUGCACAUGUGUACCGAAAAACCAGUGUUUAAUUGACGAUUACAGUGUGCAACCUACUUAUAAUGUCAGUGCAGGAAAUUGCAGCUACGACCAAGUGUGUUGCAAUAAGAACCAUACUGUAAUUGGUGGUAUCAACGAGAAUAAUCAGAACAACAAUAAUAAUAAUAAUAAUAAUAAUGCACGCAGUUGUGGCGUAGGCAUACCAUCGCAAGAAAAUGAAACCGACCUUCGUAUUAUUAAUCACGAUUAUGAUUUUUCGAAAACUCAUUUUGGCCAAUUCCCGUGGAUGGUCGCUAUUAUGAAAACUUACAUAGACCCAUCGACUGGAAUGAAAACUAAUGAUUUUUUAUACUUGUGCGGUGGUUCAUUGAUACAUCCACAAGUCAUUUUAACAGCGGCUCAUUGUGUCAAAGAACAGAGAUUAAACGAAUUGAAAGUGCGCGUCGGCGAAUGGGAUACACUAUCUAAUAACACAGAACAAGGACAUCAAGAUAUCAGUGUUUCAGAAAUAGUUACUCAUCCGAACUUCAACAAUGGAUCUAUGCAUAAUGAUGUUGCACUGAUCAAACUCAGUUCUGAAGUAGCAUUCCAGCAGCAUGUUAACACAAUAUGCAUUCCUAACCCUACAGUACAAUCAAAUUACGACUCUGAAUCAUGCGUGGUGACUGGAUGGGGUAAACAUGCAUUUGAUAAAAAAGGUCGAUAUCAAAACGUUCUGAAAGCGGUUUAUUUGUCCAUGGUGCCACAUAAUGUGUGUCAGCAAAAUUUGACACGUACGCGCCUUGGACAACAUUUCGUCUUGGAUAAAAGUUUCGUUUGCGCCGGAGGUGCGAAUAAACAGGAUGCAUGUGCUGGUGACGGAGGUGGACCUUUGAUAUGCGCCGCAGCCGAAAACGCAAACACGUCGUCGAGCCUUAAGAAAUACAUCCAGGUGGGUAUCGUCUCUUGGGGCAUCGGAUGCGGUGAGGAAAACGUGCCAGGCGUAUAUUCCUCGGUGGCUGCCAAUUCGGAAUGGAUCAAUCGCCAAAUGCUCGACACGUUGAAGCAAUGAAAACGCAACGGACGUAAAAAUCACAUGUUUAUUAUCACAACGAUUAUUUUCAUAAUAUAAAUACGCGCACCAGUUUAGACUUAACAAUAAUUUAUAUAUAUUGUAUUAUACUUCUUGAGAAAAUAAUAUUCGUUCAAUUUGAACGAAAACAUUGCUAGUGUAA